AUGAGUAGUGAAACAUCAGAAGUUCAACGACCAAGUACAUCUUGUACACUACGACGAAAUUUAGAUAAAGAAAAUAUGAAUAAUGUUGUAUCACGAAGUUAUACAUUUGUUAAAGACAAAUCAUCAUCAACAUCUGUUCCACCAUCAUCACCUAAAAGACAAUCACGUUCAACACAAAAUUGUUCAUCAUUUAAUGAACGUAUUGGAUAUAAUCUAUUAAGUAAUGAUAAUUGGAGACGUGAAACAAUUGGUGAUUUACAAUUAAAUGCAAAAGCAAUUGAACAAAGUGAUCAAAAUAUUUUAUUCGGAAAAGGUAUCGAUCCAUUACCUCAUGUCAAAGAACUUUUAAAUGAAUUAAGUAAUGAACAAGCAUUUUUAUACGCUAGACAAUGUCGUUUGGUUGUGGCAAAAUUAAGAUUAUGUUGGUCAGAUGUUAACGAAGAAAUUAAAUCUUUAUUAAAACAUAAAGAAUAUACAGAAGCAGCCAUUGAUCACAUUCGAAAAGACUUAAUUAUUAAUAAAGAAAGUGUUGAUAUUCGGAAAAAGCCGCCAAGAGAAUCUGAACCAGACGGUGUAGACGAUAUGUUAUCAGCUGAAAAAUAUCAUUUAGUUAAUUUGAAAAAAGUGUUGGAAUUAAAUUGCAAAAAUAUUGUGGAUCAAAUGCAGAAAUUAGAUGAAGUGCGAACUAGAGUAGCAAAAAUUGGAAAAGAGCGUUCUUUGGUAACAGAACUCAUAUGUCAAUGUCUAACACAAGCUUCACGAACAUUUGAAAUAACACGCUAUGAAAGAUUAUCAAAUCUUCAUCCUUCAACUGUUCCAAAGACGGCACCAGCACGUCCUUCAUCUUCUUGUGGAAUGAGAUUUAGUCGCCAUUCUGCUUCUUCGUCUACAACAAAUUUAACAAAAAUUGUACCAGAAGCAACAUUACUCGAUGAAAAUGGUUUACCGCUAAUUGGAAAUUUAUCAGCAUUUACUCCCGAUGUUAUUAAUGCAUUUCAAGAUGCUUCAAAAUUAAUUGAAGAAUCUCGUGAAAUAAAAAAACAAGCCAUGAAACAGAUCAAAGACGCAUUUGACGAAGCAAAAGCAUGUUCCAUUACUGUUCAUCAAAGUCUCGCACAACGCCUUGCAGAUAUAAUUACAUUGGCUCAAAAUUUAACCGUUUCAUUAGGAGAGAAUGGUCUAGCUCAAAAUCGUGCACAGCGCUGGCUAGAUCUAACUUGUGCAGCACAAAAAGCCAAUUCUGGACCAACCAGUUAUUCCUAUUUGAAAACAGCUGAACGUCUUGAUAGACCAAUUAUUCGUACAUUCCAAAGACAUCCAGGAAAUCAAGUUCCCGAAGCAAAAAUUACAAAUAAGGCCACUCAAAGUUUGGCACAAUCUGCUGUCGAAACAGCUAAACAAAUUCGUACAUUAAAAAUAAUCGGUCAACGUUUACACAAUAAUUUAGUUGAUAAGGAAGUAGCAUUAAACGUUGAUUCGAAUCUAUUACGUCGACGACGUGAACGAUCAAACCAUAAAUGGAAUGUUACAAAAUAUGUACAUGUUUAA